UAGAGAAAAAAACUACGUAACACAAGCACACGAUGGAGGAGGAACCGAAAAAGGGAUUGAUGCUGUAUGGCCGUGAUGUCUCACAAAUUCCCUGCUUCCGUAAUAGUUUUCUGUAUGGUAUUGGUGGUGGCAUCGGUAUAGGUCUGCUCACAUUUUUGGCCACUUCUCGCACGAAGCUAUCAACACACGUUGGCUUUGGAACAUUUUUCUGCGGGACACUGUCAUAUUGGGCAUGGUGCAGGUAUCAGUGGUCAGUAAGACGUUUCGAAUAUGCCCAAUUGGAAAAGGCUAUGCGCCAACAGGCGUUGUAUGAAGGCACAGAAAUUGAAAAACAAUUGGACUUGAAAUCGGCGUAGUGUUAAUUUAUUAAAUU